AUGCUGGAAGCUUUUGAGUACAAAAGUCGCAGGAACUACCGGCUUGGCAGCCCAGUAGCGUAUAACAUCUACCAGAGCGGCGAGACGGGCAGCGGCAAGGACCCCUUCGAGGAGAUCAAGAAGAUCACCAAGGCCAAGCAGCCCAGCUUAACAGCCGGCUCCGCCUUGGCGGUGGAGGCCAUGAGCGCCCCAACCGGGCCCACGACCAUCGCCCUCCUCUUCCCAGGGCAAGGCUCCCAGUAUGUCAAGAUGCUGGAGGGCCUGAAGGACGACGCGAACGUCAAGCAGAUGAUCGCCACUGCCCAGUCGGUGCUGGGCUACGACAUCCUCGAGGUGUGCCUGAACGGACCUGAGGAGAAGCUUGAGGAGACCAGCGUUUGCCAGCCAGCCAUGUUCUUGGCAGGCAUGGCAGGCCUCGAGAAGCUCAAGAAGUCUCGACCUGAGGCCGUCGAGCGGCCGGGGGCGGUGGCAGGACUGUCGCUGGGCGAGUACACGGCUCUUUGCGCGGCCGGCGUCUUCAGUUUCGAAGAAGGCGCUGAGCGCUGCGGUUGA